CAUUGGACUCGACCAGAGGAAGAGUGGAUCAAAUGUAAUUAUGAUGGAGCCUUUUACACCAACACAAUGGAAGCCAAAGCAGGAUGGAAUUGUUGGAAUCGAGGCCUACGGAAUAUCAUUUUUGAAGGAGAUUACAAAUCCAAACCUGAUUUAAUUAACGGCACAAUACUCAAUUUUCAUGAUCAUAACUGGAUAAGAGAAGCCAGAUUUUGGAGAAAUAAGUUUGGAGAAGUUAAAUUCCAAUGGACAAAGAGAGCAAACAAUCAACCAGCAGAUAGAUUAGCAAAAUCUUGCCCUGCGUCUAAUGCAUAUUUCAUUUUUCAUUUUUUUUCAUUCCUUAUGUAA